AUGGCUGUAGAACAAGUACCAGAGCUGAAUAGACUUCCAAGUAUAGGACUCCCCCACACCACCUCCCCUCCUCCUAAUCCCCCAUUUCCCCUUCCCCGCUUCCCUCCUCUCCUCACCAAACCAUCCCUCUCCUAUCCUCAGCUGGAUGACGUUAUCGAUACUGACGUGGUUCUCAUAACCCAAUCACUAGACGAUCACAUGCACGUGAGGACGCUCAAGGCGCUGGCAGCUAGGCGGCCGGACGUCCCUGUGAUCGCCACUCCCAACGGACAGGCGUUUCUGGACUCCCUGUUCUCCAAUGUGACAUACCUAGAGCCCGGCUCAUCCACCUCCUUUUCUUCGUCCAAAGGAGCCCGGCUGUCUGUGAAGGCCGUGCCUGGGCCUGUGCUGGGUCCACCCUGGCAACGACCAGAGAAUGGGUACAUUGUUCGAGGGGGAGUGUCAGGUGCCUCUAUUUAUAUCGAGCCACAUUGUGUGUUUAACGAGGCAGCUCUUAAGGAGGGUGGCGAACGAGUGGAUGUGCUGGUGACGCCGGUGGUGAAACAGGAGUUACCGGCUUUCACCCUCGUGUCAGGGCAGGAGGAUGCUGUGAGGCUGGCUCAGGUAGUGGGCGCUAGAUACGUGGCGCCUAUGGCUAAUGCUGACGUGGACGCGUCUGGGAUUUUGAGUGCUCUUGUAACUCCUAUUGGCACACUCGAUUCAUUCAAGGUACGCCCCACUCUUUUUCUGAGCCACUUUCUCGUAUUCCUCCUUUUUGCUGUCUCCUUUCGCCCUCCAUAUCUCUCCUUUCCAGUCAUGGCUAACCCUCGUCGUACCAUCCUCAUGUGUUUUGCGUUGACUGGAAACAUGCCUUUCCUUUUCUCCCUCCUCCCUUCUCCCUUCUACUUCCUCCCUUCUCCCUUCUACUUCCUCCCUUCUCCCUUCUACUUCCUCCCUUCUCCCUUCUACUUCCUCCCUUCUCCCUUCUACUUCCUCCCUUCUCCCUUCUACUUCCUCCCUUCUCCCUUCUACUUCCUCCCUUCUCCCUUCUACUUCCUCCCUUCUCCCUUCUACUUCCUCCCUCCGCCCUCCCCCUUUCUCUUAUCUCCCUUCUCCCCAUCUCCCUUCUCCCCGUCUCCCUUCUCCCCGUCUCGCUUCUCCCCGUCUCCCUUCUCCCCAUCUCCCUUCUCCCCAUCUCCCUUCUCCCCGUCUCCCUUCUCCCCGUCUCGCUUCUCCCCGUCUCCCUUCUCCCGUUUCUCCUGCUUGACUCCUUGUAACGCUGUAACCCUCCUGCAGCUACACUCGGUGCGCCGCUUAUACGAGAACAUCAUGCCGUCCCGUACGGUGUACAACACUAAGCUCACCUAUGCAUUCUCACUACACUCGGUGCGCCGCUUAUACGAGAACAUCGUACCGUCCCAUACGGUGUACGACGUCGAGUCACCGGAGCACGUGAUUCGCCGGUUCAGCCACGAUGGGCAGUACCUCAUCUGCUUCUCGCGCAACGGCCUUGAGCUCAUUGUGUACCGCUUCCACUGGUUCAACUACGGCGCGCAGGGGGCAGCGGGAGUCGCAGAGGCAGAGGAGGACGACCACCUGCCAGCAGCGUCCAGAAAAUUCCCGAGCUACUUUGAGCAGCUGUACUGCGCGCCCCUGGGGAGGGGCAGCGAGGUGCUGUGCAAGGACCUCUUCCUCUGCUGCCAGGGAUCUGCCUUGGGCGUGUUUGCCUCGGCCACCCCUGCGGAUUUGGCGUCUCCUCCUAGGGUGGGGGCAGUUAAAGGGGUGCCUGCUAUGGAGAGCAUCACUCUACACCUCGUCAGGCUGUGUGAUGGCAAGGUGGUGGACAGGCGUGUGUUUCGAGACGACUACAUCAACCUCACCCACAAUGGAGGGGCGUUUCUGUACGACGACCUGCUCUCCGUGCUCAGCAUCCGCUUCCAGAGGAUACACUUGUUCCAGGUGAGAGGAAUCGAAAGUCGCCCAGAGGAGUUGAGUGAACUCAACUCAACCCUCACUGUGUUUCGAGACGACUACAUCAACCUCGCUCACAACGGAGGGGCGUUUCUAUACGAUGACCUGCUGUCCGUGCUCAGCAUCUGCUUUCAGAGGAUCCAUCUCUUUCAGGUGAGGGUGGUGGAUUGGUCGGUUUGUGGAUGUGCAGGUGGUGGGGCCGUUUGGGUGUGUGACGAUGAUGAGCUGCUGCUCUCAUCCUACCUCUCCACCACUCCCCACCCCCCUGCACCACAGAUCGUAGAGGCAGCAGAGCGGUUUGUAGACGUGCAAGUAAUCGGGCCGUUCGGGUGCGAUGAUGAUGAGUUGAUGCUCUCAUCCUACCUCUCCACCACUCCCCACCCCCCUGCACCACAGAUCGUAGAGGCAGCAGAGCGGUUUGUAGACGUGCAAGUAAUCGGGCCGUUCGGGUGCGAUGAUGAUGAGUUGAUGCUCUCAUCCUACCUCUCCACCACUCCCCACCCCCCUGCACCACAGAUCGUAGAGGCAGCAGAGCGGUUUGUAGACGUGCAAAUAGUGGAAGCAGCAGAGCGGUUUGUAGACGUGCAAGUGAUCGGGCCGUUCGGGUGUGACGAUGACGAGCUGCUGCUGCAGUCGCAUUUCCACGAGGAGUGGCGCUUUCAGCGGCAUUUGGCUGAACUGAGGAGGAGGCAGGCCACGGGAGGGAGGGGAGGGGGUGGUGAGGGGAGUGGAGGUGUGGGAGGUGAGGAGGGGAUUAGUGAGGGGGGUGUGGGGGGGUAUACGGAAGAGGAUGAGGAGGGGGAGGGGGAGGAGGAAGGGGAGGAAGGGGAGGGGAGAGGGGAGGGAGGUGAAAGGGGAGGGCGGGAGGGGGGAGAUGGAGAGGAGGUGGGAGGGAGAUUGGGAGGAGUGGGGGGAGGAGGUGGAAGGGGGGAGGGAGAGAGGGUGGGUGAUGCAGAGAGGAAAGGCAGGAGUACGGUUUUAGAGGGAAGGGGUGAUGACGGUAGAAUGAGGGGAGAGGAGGGGAGAGUGGCGGAUGAGAGGAGUCAGGGUGAGGGGAGUAGGGGGGAGGGAAGUAGCGGGGAGGGGAGCAGGGGUGAGGGGAGCAGGGGUGAGGGGAGCAGGGGUGAGGGGAGCAGGGGUGAGGGGGUCGAGAGGGGGACGGGACAGGAAAGGAAGUGGAAAGAGACGCAAGGAUUGGGAGGAGGGUAUUUGGAUAGGAGGCAGGACGAGCAGGGGGUGAAGAAGCCGCGAUUGAGACUGGAAAGUGUGAGGGAGGAGGGGGUGGAGGGGCAUGGGAGAGAUGAGUCAGGGGAGGUUGGAGAGAGGGCGAGAGGUGGGGAUGGGGGAAAGGAGGGAGGAGAGAGAGGAGAGAGAAGAGAAAGAGCAGUGGAAAAGGCUGAGAUUGUAAGCGAGGGAGUGGAGGAAGGAGGAGGUGGGGAAGGAGAAGAAGGGGAAGAAGUAAAGAGAAGUGAGAGAGGGGAAGGGACCACUGUAGGUGACGAGGGGGCAAGGGAAGAGAAGGGAGGAAGCGGAGGAGGAGGAGGAGGAGGAGGCGAGGAAAGAGGAGAGGAAACUGGUCACAGUGUCAGAGGGAAGGAAACGGGAGGAGGAGAAAUUGGAGGAGAGAGAGGAGGAGCAAGAGGAGGAGCAAGAGGAGGAGCCGGGGGAAUGGGAGGGGUAGCGAUGUAUGAGAGGCGCUAUGGGGGGGAGGAUGGGCGGCUGUUAGCGCCGCGCACAUCCAUGGGUCCCCCUGGUGGUGGGGGAAGGGGGAGAAGAGAGGGAGGGAGAGGAGGGGCAGGGGGAGGAGGGGCGGCGGGAGGAGGGGUGGCAGCAGGAGGAGCAGGAGCAGCAGGAGGAGGGAGGGGUGGGGAUGUGUGGAUGCAAGGUGGGGUUGCUGCUCACAGCCUUACCAUGUCUACCUUUGGCUCUAGCCUCUUCAGCCUCUCGUAUGGGCCUGACGGUCAGGCAUCGCUACAAUCGCCUUCCCACACCGCCUCACACACUCACUCCCACACUCACUCUCACACUCACUCGCAUGCCCACUCCCAUGGACAUUCCCACGCUCACUCCCAAUCGCACUCGCGUGCUCAUUCGCACGAGCGUGGGACUGGGGGAAUGCGGCACCACGGAGGGGCGAGCUCAGAGGGAGCAGCAAGAAGCGGCUUGCCGUUUUUCUUUGGAGCAAUGGGAGCAGCAGCAGGGGGGAGGGGAGUGGGGGGAGGCACUGGGGAGGGCGGAGAGAGGGGGGUGAGUGGGAGGAUGAUUGGGUCUAGGAGUCAGGGAGAGGGGAGGGAGAGAGGGAUAGGGGGAGGGGGGUCUGAGAGGGAGAGAGGCGGCAGGGAGAGGGGCAGUAGGAGACGACGCAGCAGACAGACGGGGGAGGGCGGCAGCGAAUCGGGAACGGGCGGCGGUGGGGCGGCGAGUUAUGUUGUCAGUGACAGGGGCGAUCUGGAGGCGAUUACGAGGCAGCAGUUGGGGGGAGGAGCGGGGGGAAGGGGGAGUGAAGGCGUGGGGGGAGCAGCAGGGGGAGGGGCAGCUGCAGGAGGAGGGGCAGGGGGAGAAGGAGAGGCAGGGAGAGAAGGAGGAGCAGCGGCAGCAGGAGCAGGGAGAGGGGUGAGGGGAGGAGUGGGAGCAGCAGAACUGGCAGGGGAAGGAGAUGGGGGUGCGCAUGGGCAUGGGCAUGGUCAUAGGGAUGGGGAUGGCCUAGAAGGUGGACGAACAGAUGGCACUGGUGGUGGGGGUGUAUCCGCUCCCAUGCCUGGGCCUGGUGCUGCCAGAGGUGCUGGGAGAUCAGAAGGCCCUGCAGGAGCAGGAGCAGGAGCAGCAGGAGUGGGAGGAGAGGGAGGAGUGGGCGGAGGGGGAAGAGGGGUUGGAGGGGGAGGAAUGGGAGGAGUGGGAGGAAUGGGUGGAGGGGAGAGAGAAGGGGGGGUAGGGGGAGGUGGGUUUGGGGGAGCUCUAGCCGGGCUAGAGAGGGAAGGAGGGGCAAGGGAGGCCAGUGGAUGGGGUGACGGGAGGUGGAUGUUGGGGGGGGAAGGGGAGGAGGUGGGCAUGAGGGGUAUGGGGGAACUGGGGGUGGGUGGGGGGAUGGUGAAUGCUGGGGGGCUGUUAACAGGUGGCGGGUUGUUGAGUGUGCUGAUGCAGCGGCUGCUGGUGCACGUAUUUGAGUGCCACCUGGGGGAUGCAGUGGGGUCGAGCUCAGCUGUUGCACCGCUGUCAUCUGCUCAUCCGCCUGGGCAGCACAGAGGGGGUGGUGCUGCGGGGUCUCACUCGUUCGCACCUCCCGCUCCCACUUUCUUCCCCGUGCCAGGCUCAGCUGUUGCACCGCUGUCAUCUGCUCAUCCGCCUGGGCAGCACAGAGGGGGUGGUGCUGCGGGGUCUCACUCGUUCGCACCUCCCGCUCCCACUUUCUUCCCCGUGCCAGGCUCAGCUGUUGCACCGCUGUCAUCUGCUCAUCCGCCUGGGCAGCACAGAGGGGGUGGUGCUGCGGGGUCUCACUCGUUCGCACCUCCCGCUCCCACUUUCUUCCCCGUGCCAGGCUCAGCUGUUGCACCGCUGUCAUCUGCUCAUCCGCCUGGGCAGCAGAGAGGGGGUGGUGCUGCGGGGUCUCACUCGUUCGCACCUCCCGCUCCCACUUUCUUCCCCGUGCCAGGCUCAGCUGUUGCACCGCUGUCAUCUGCUCAUCCGCCUGGGCAGCAGAGAGGGGGUGGUGCUGCGGGGUCUCACUCGUUCGCACCUCCCGCUCCCACUUUCUUCCCCGUGCCAGGCUCAGCUGUUGCACCGCUGUCAUCUGCUCAUCCGCCUGGGCAGCACAGAGGGGGUGGUGCUGCGAGGUCUCACUCGUUCGCACCUCCCGCUCCCACUUUCUUCCCCGUGCCAGGCUCAGCUGUUGCACCGCUGUCAUCUGCUCAUCCGCCUGGGCAGCACAGAGGGGGUGGUGCUGCGGGGUCUCACUCGUUCGCACCUCCCGCUCCCACUUUCUUCCCCGUGCCAGGCUCAGCUGUUGCACCGCUGUCAUCUGCUCAUCCGCCUGGGCAGCACAGAGGGGGUGGUGCUGCGGGGUCUCACUCGUUCGCACCUCCCGCUCCCACUUUCUUCCCCGUGCCAGGCUCAGCUGUUGCACCGCUGUCAUCUGCUCAUCCGCCUGGGCAGCACAGAGGGGGUGGUGCUGCGGGGUCUCACUCGUUCGCACCUCCCGCUCCCACUUUCUUCCCCGUGCCAGGCUCAGCUGUUGCACCGCUGUCAUCUGCUCAUCCGCCUGGGCAGCAGAGAGGGGGUGGUGCUGCGGGGUCUCACUCGUUCGCACCUCCCGCUCCCACUUUCUUCCCCGUGCCAGGCUCAGCUGUUGCACCGCUGUCAUCUGCUCAUCCGCCUGGGCAGCAGAGAGGGGGUGGUGCUGCGAGCGUCCGACAGCUCCCAUGCAAGCUGCUGCAGCCGUCUCUCAACCCACCCAUCAGCUCCUUGUGCCCUUCCUCCUUUUAUAUGGCUCAGCUGUUGGACCGCUGUCAUCUGCUCAUCCGCCUGGGCAGCACGGAAGGGGUGGUGCUGCGAGCCUCUGACAGCUCCCACCAGAACUCUUUUUUCACCGUUUACAACUUCGUCACCACCAGAGUGCUGUGCUUCUAUCAGGUGAGUGCUCUCUGCUUCUGGAAGGCGCCUCAAAAGGCUGAAAGAGAUUGCUUCCUUCCCCCCUCUGUGGUGACUUUUGAGGCGCCUCAAAAGGCUGAAAGAGAUUGCUUCCUUCCCCCCUCUGUGGUGACUUUUGAGGCGCCUCAAAAGGCUGAAAGAGAUUGCUUCCUUCCCCCCUCUGUGGUGACUUUUGAGGCGCCUCAAAAGGCUGAAAGAGAUUGCUUCCUUCCCCCCUCUGUGGUGACUUUUGAGGCGCCUCAAAAGGCUGAAAGAGAUUGCUUCCUUCCCCCCUCUGUGAACUCGUCGGAGGACUUUCUGUCUGCGUUUGAGCAUUUCUGCGACCACUUCCGCGCCCCGCCGCGGUCUCCAGCCGGGUUUUCGUUCAUCAGCAGCUGCGCCAACAAUGUGUUUGCGCGCGAGGCGUUCAAGAAGCAGAAGGCUGCUCUAGUCACGUGCAAGGGCGGAUCACAGACGCAGGCAAUAAAGCGAAUGCUGGCUGCUCUUCCCUACAGUGCACAGACCUACUCCCCAUCUCCCUACUUCGACCAGUCGCUCUUUCAUUUUGAUGAAAAGUACGCCUCCCUCUGCUUCCACCGUCCCAUCUCACAUCCGAUUUUUGAGGCGCCUUUUGAGGCGCCUCAAAAGUAA